AUGAACGGUUCAUACGGUAAUACGAAUUUUGUUGUACGUCUUCGUGGUUUACCAUGGAAUACAACACAAGUUGAAGUUCAAAAUUUUCUUCAAGGUUGCAAUGUUCGCCAAACAAAUUUUGUAACUAAUGAUCAAGGCCGAGCAACUGGUGAAUGUUUCGUUGUAUUAGAAUCAAAUGAAGAUGUUGAUAUUGCAAAAAGUUUCCACCAAAAAAAUAUUGGUAGUCGUUAUAUUGAAGUAUUUGAAUCAAAUGCUGAUGAAAUGACUCAAACAACAAAAAAUAACACCGCCGCUACUACCAACAACAACAACAACAACAAUAAUAAUAAUAACAACAAUGCCAAUAGUAACUCAAAUACUACUAAUCAAAAUAGUGAAAAUAAUUCGUCAAAUACCGAUAAUUGGCGUGAACCAGUUGUUCGUCUUCGUGGUUUACCAUAUAAUUCAAGCAAAGAAGACGUGACACGAUUUUUCGACGGACUCGACAUAGCUCAGAAUGGUGUACACAUCUCCUCGAGCAAACCAGCAGGCGAGGCUUUCGUCGCUUUUGUGAACAUGGACAAUGCCCUACGAGCUUUGGAAUUCAACCGCAUGAAUAUGGGGCAUCGCUAUAUCGAAGUGUUCAAAUCGACAUAUGCUGAAGCUCGUGCCUCAAUCAUGAAUGAUACACAAUCGAUGGCACGACAACGUGGUAGCGGACCUAAUCAAAAUUAUGGAAAUCAACGACAAGGAAAUUAUGGUGGUUAUAGUGGUAAUAUGGGGGGUAGCGGUGGUAACAGUGGUUUUAAUAAUAACAUGAAUCAAUUCGAUGGUCCGCCACAAGACAAUUACAAUUUCGGUGGAGCUGACGAUGCCGGUAACAACUUUCCAAUGAAUAAUCAAAUGGGUAGCGGUACUGGAGUCAAACGACCCAUGACUGUAUCAUUUACUAUGAAAAUACGUGGUGUACCAUUUGAAGCUGGCGAAAAAGAAGUUUUUGAAUUCUUCAGUCCUGUUGUACCUAUUCGACUUGAGCAAGAAAAUACUCCGCGUGGUAAACCACCAAUAUGGUAUGCUGAAUUCGGUUCGCGUGAAGAAGCAACUGAAGCACUAACAUAUCAUAAAAAAUAUAUGGGAACGCGAUAUAUUGAAUUAUUACCAUUGUAUGAUGAUGUCAAUCGAUCGAAAAUGAUGGCUACACCUACACCUGAAGAACUCGAUCGACAACUCGAUGAAUUCAUCGAUAAACUUGUUGAAGACAAAGAUCAGCUUCCAAAGGGCGAACUUGAUGAUGCGUUUUGGAAAGAUCUAGAAGGGCAUCCAUUCUUUCUUAAAGAAAUGCCAGAUGAUGGUGCUGAACUACAUCCUGCUACGGCAGCGUUACAAGCAUUGCAAUGGGAUGAUGAUGAAGAUACACCUUUAGAUAGAGCAAAGAAAUUUAAAGACGAAGGAAAUAAAUAUUAUGGAUAUAAAAAAUAUCGCAAUGCAAUCCUAGCAUAUACAGAAGGUAUAAAACAACGUUGUUCGGAUCCUACAAUCAAUGCUGUUCUGUUUUGUAAUCGAGCAACAGCUAAUUUUUAUUUGGGUAAUUAUCGGUCGGCUUUACAUGAUUGUGUAUUCUCACGAAAAUGUAAAUCUGAUCAUCUUAAAGCGUUUAUCAAAGGCGCUGAAUCAUGUAUGAAACUUGAAAAAUAUAAAGAUGCGCAAACAUGGUGUUCUGGCGGCUUAUCAGUAUCCUUUUUGUUAAUUGUUUAUUUUUUUUUGACUUAA